AACUGUUUUCUUUUCUUUGACAACAAGCACAAAAUCCUUCUAAAACCCUCUCUGCCUUCCUCGCUCCACCGCCACCAUCCCCAUCACCGGCGUCUGCCCAUCACGAUACCGCCGCCACGGCCAUGUCUCUGAGCAGAAUAACUACCCGGUUCUCAAGAAUCUUAUUGACUCAAUCCCGAAAGUCCAAGCUCCUCUCCGGCCUCCAUGGAAGCAAACAUUUCCAAACUUCAUCCAAUUACUUAAUUUCAUCACCCAGAGUUAAUGACAUGGUGGUACCUGCUCAGAUUUCUUCACUACAUCAUUCUGCCCUUAGUUCAACAGGCUUUCAAUGGUUUGGAUUCUCAUCAUCUGCAUCGCCAAAGCCCAAUGAGAAGGAGACGACGGCUCAUUCUGGAAAUGGAAAGGAAAAUAAGGAGGCUAAUGAAGCUUCUAGUGCAACAGAAGAAUCUGUUUCUGAUGAGAAAAGUGAAUCAGAUUUGGAGAGCGAGCUUUCUAGAGAUGAGCUGGUGAAACUUGUGGUGGAAAAGGAACAACUUUUGGUGAAAAAGCAGGAAGAAUUUGAUCAAAUGAAGGAUAAGGUGUUAAGGUCCUUCGCGGAGAUGGAAAAUGUGAAAGCGCGUACAAAGCGUGAAUCAGAAAAUGCAAAGAAGUUUGCUAUUCAGAAUUUUGCUAAAAGCCUUUUGGAUGUGGCGGAUAAUCUAGCAAGAGCUUCUUCUGCUGCAAAAGAGAGUUUUUCGAAAAUUGAUACCUCUCAAGAUGCAGCUGGAGCUGUUAAUCAACUUAAAACACUGCUUGAAGGUGUUGAAAUGACUGAAAAGCAGUUAGCAGAGGUAUUUAAAAAAUUUGGACUCGAGAAAUAUGACCCAACAGAUGAGGAGUUUGAUCCAAACAGGCAUAAUGCAGUGUUCCAAGUACCAGAUGCUUCAAAGCCGGCGGGUCGUGUUGCAGUUGUUCUAAAGGCUGGGUACGAGCUGCACGACCGAGUUAUAAGGCCUGCCGAAGUUGGUGUCACAGUCGCGGUGGACAACGAGGAAGCUUAAUAAGGAUCUGAUGCUUGAGAAACUCUCCAAAACAUUCAGGUGGAAAAAGAAAUCUACUCUUAUACUAAUUUGGAUGCAUUCUUCCAACUACUUAGAUAGAAAUAUUUGCUAAUUUCCCCUUAAUCUUUACACUGUGUUCUUCUUUGCCGGUAUUUUCAGUGCUACUGAAAUUUUGGUUGUGAAGAGAUAGGCGUAGAAGGAACUGAUUUUGGUUUGUUCUACUGCCUGUAAAAAUAAACGCCCUCGUUUGAGUUCGUCUCAAUUCAGUGUUAAUUCUGCAAGUUUUAUAAGUUGAGGGACAGUGUAGGUAGAGAUGGUUUUGAUGUAAGAUUUUGUGCAUCUUUCGAGAUCAUUUAAUUUCUUUAAUUUCAUAAUAUUCAUAAAAUAAUAUGAAUCC